UGGCAACAGAGGGCGCCCUCUCAUUGGCUCAGCGGUACUUCUGAGAGUGGAGAGGAACGCGCUGUGCAUUCUGGGUAGGGCACUUUCAGGUCCGCCAUAUUGCUGACUGAAGGAGAGAGGAGAUGAAGGGGAUCCGGGGAAUCACUCAGUUAUCGAGACGGUUCCAUGUGGCUGCCAGAACAGGCCAGUCCCUUGCUCAGCCUCUCGCUGGCCUCAAGCUCUCUCCAGGGGCUGCCCACUCAUACCGGGACGUCCAUGUGACCAGACUGCCCAGUGGACUGGUGAUCGCCUCCCUGGAGAACUAUUCCCCAGCCUCCAAGAUCGGAGUGUUUGUCAAGGCAGGCUGUCGUUAUGAGACCCCUGACAACCAGGGGGUCACCCACCUCCUCCGGCUGGCCUCCAACCUGACCACUAAAGGAGCUUCAUCUUUCAAGAUAUGCCGUGGUGUUGAGGCAGUGGGAGGCAGCCUGAGUGUGACUUCAUCCAGAGAGAACAUGAUCUACACCGUUGACUGCCUGAGAGAUGACAUCGACACAGUGAUGGAGUAUUUGAUCAACGUGACAACAGCCCCAGAGUUCCGGCCAUGGGAGGUGUCAGACCUCACGCCCAGAGUGAAGAUGGACAGGGCCCAGGCUGCACAGAGCGCUCAAAUAGGUGUGAUCGAAGGUCUGCAUGAAGCUGCGUACAAGAACGCUCUCACUAACUCCCUGUACUGUCCUGACCACAUGGUUGGCAACAUCCACUCUGGGCAUCUGCACCAGUUUGUCCAGAACAAUUUCACAAGCGCAAGAAUGGCUCUUGUUGGACUUGGUGUGGACCACACGGUGCUGACGCAAGUUGGGGAGCAGUUCCUCAACAUCCGCAGCGGGGCGGGCACCACAGGAGCAAAGGCUCAGUAUCGUGGAGGGGAGAUUCGUCUGCCCGGCAUCAGCAGUCUGGUCCACUCGGCGGUGGUGAGCCAGUCAGCGGCAGCGGGCACCGGCGAGGCUCUGGCCUUCAGCGUGCUGCAGCAUUUACUGGGAGCUGGUCUGCAUGUCAAGAGGGGCUCAUGCGCCACCAGCAAACUGGUCCAGGGUGUUGCCAAGGCAACUGCUGACCCCUUUGAUGUCAGUGCUUUCAACUCGGGCUACUCUGACUCUGGUCUGUUUGGAGUCUACACCAUUUCCCAGGCUGCAGCUGCUGGUGAUGUGAUUAAGGCCGCUGUUGCCGAGGUGAAGGCUGUUGCUGAUGGCGGAGUCACAGCUGCUGACCUCACUCGGGCCAAGGCCCAGCUGAAGGCGCAUUUCCUGAUGUCUCUGGAGACUUCGGAGGGUUUGCUGGAGGCGAUGGGCACUCAGGCUCUGGCCGAGGGAUCCUACUGCUCCGCUGAGGAACUCUCCAAAAACAUUGACAACGUCUCCUUGACUGAUGUCUCCAACGCUGCCAAGAAAUUUGUGACCGGCAAGAAGACUAUGGCAUCCAGCGGCAACCUCAUAAAAACACCCUUCGUGGAUGAGAUCUAAAGCCCUCCUCGUCACCUCGUACUGUGCCCAAAGCACAAUUUGUUUCCUCUACAGUUUGACGAAAAACGGAAACAAGGCAACGCUGACGUUCUGAGGGAUAUAAUGUCAUAACACCAUUGGGUAUUUAUAGGUGUUGUAACAGUAUAUAUUCAGGUGUUGCUGCUCUUGCGCAUCACAAUGUCGUGCUCAUCUGUUCACAUUAACUGUAUAGCUGAUGUAAAAUAAUGAAUAAAUUCUAUCUACCUUA